UUAAAAGGAAACCCAAAUUCAGAGAAAUGUUCAUAACGCCCUUAAGUUUCUAUUGGGAAACAUUUUUUCUCCUAAUUUCCAUAAUCUCUGUAGUAGUUCCUUUGCUAAUGCAAAAGAAAUGCUACGAACUUCGCUUCACCAACAUGUCGUACGCAAUCCUGACGGAGCACGAGUUCAAUGCGACUUUGGAAAUCCGUGACAGAGUUUAUAUGAAUGGCGAAGUCAAUACGUAUCGCGAUUUUGAUGACCUAUUUCUGAGUAUUGACAUAGGAGUCGUGAGAAAUCAAAUCCGUCGUCUGGUUUUCGCCAAAAGAUUUUCUUAUUGCAAUGUUCAACCGAAAAAUAAUGCGGUUAUGAAAAUGUUGAUUGCGUCGUUCAAAAGCGCAACUAAUUUCGGUUUCCAAUGUCCCGUAAGGAAAGGAAAAUAUUAUUUAAGAAAUUUCACAGUCUUUUCCCCAGAAUUUCCAUAUCAGCUAUUUUACAAAGCAAAAUCUACCUAUGAUGCCGGCAUCGGGACAUUUCUUAAGGAGCAAAAGAAAUCAGUUCAAUUAGCGCAAGUCAAUGUAUCGUUUGUGAUUGAUAAAAAUUGUUAG